GCUUAUAUGAUUACUUUCCGUAUGUACUUGUAAUGUACCAGCGCUGACUCAUAUUGACGUACAUCAUACGUGAUUUCAGUACACGAACACAAAAAAUCAGCAAAUCAACGAAAUUCUUUAUUUUCUCAAAGUGAUUGGUCGCGGAAGAAAUCAUGGUUAACUCAAAGCUAUCGCCAACCGUUGUUCCUGUUGCGAAUCACUCCCCGUCUGCUGAUGGAGAUGCCUUGCGCGAUGCAAUGAAAGGAUUUGGUACUAACGAAGAGGUGAUUAUUGAAAUUUUAACGGCUCGUUCGAAUGCACAGCGACAAGACAUCAUUCAAUACUUUUUAAGUGAAUUUGGUCGUGACUUGAUUCAAGACUUGAAAAGUGAACUCGGGGGAAAAUUUGAAGAUCUUAUUGUUGCUUUGAUGUUUCCAAAUGUUUCGUACCUCUGCAAAGAGCUGAAAAGAGCAAUGAAUGGGAUUGGUACCAAAGAAUCGGUUUUGAUUGAAAUUCUAUGCUCCAAAACCAAUGAUGAAAUCAAAGAAAUUGUAACCACAUACGAAGAUAUGUAUGAAAGGCCGCUGGUUGAACACGUUUGCAGUGAGACAUCCGGUCACUUUGGACGGUUGCUUACGCUGAUAUUGAUUGGUGCUCGCGAUGAAAGUGGAAAUGUUGAUAGUGCCUUAGCCAAAGAACAAGCAGCCAAAUUAUACGAAGCCGGUGAAUCGAAACUGGGAACUGAUGAGGACGUUUUUAAUCGAAUCUUGGCACACGCCAGCUUCGAACAACUACGAUUGGUCUUCGAUGAAUACAAACAACUCUCAGGCAAUACCAUCGAACAGGCAAUCAAGCACGAACUUAGCGGCGAAUUGGCCGAGGCGAUGCAAGCCAUUGUGGAAUGCAUUCAAUCGCCUGUCGAAUAUUUUGCUACACGUUUGUAUGGUGCCAUGAAAGGUAUGGGUACAGACGAUUCAACAUUGAUUCGAAUCAUUGUCUCGCGAUCUGAAAUUGAUUUGAAUGAUAUUAAGGUGGAAUUUGAACGGAAAUACAAUCGUACUUUGUUGAGUGCAAUUCGGAGUGAAACAUCUGGCGAUUACAAGAAGGCACUGUGCGCUUUGAUCGGUGAUGUCUAAAUUGCAGCUACCAGAAUGACACCCUUCUAUAUAAUAUUGUAUUACUAUUCUAAAUCGUUGAUACUUUUUAAUCAUACCAUACUCUAUGAUGGCUCCUAUGAAUUGUUAUUAUAAUAAAAAGAUUAUUUCAAAAUAAAAACACUCUAUUUACGAA